UUAUAAUCUCCAAACACCAAAGAGUAAGUUUCCACAGACAUGUACGAUGUCCUUGAUGCUCUUAUAGAAUAGCCUAGUCGCAGUAUCUGGAAUCAGUGCUAUUGUUCUUCAAAGAAGUCUGUCCCAGAGGCUGAUAUUGAAGAACCUCUGUACAGAAAACCCAGAAGUAGAAGAGAAUCCCCAUCAUGGAGCUCUUCCAGUGCCAGUGACAGAGCUUCCACGUCCUCUGCUUCAAACUACAACAUGGUGGAUUUCAGGCCUCGUCCAGAGGACUACCAAAUCUUCACUGUCAUAGGUCAUGCUUGCAAUGAACAGGCCACCAUUUCACUGGCAAAGCAUAUCCCCUCUGGGACUCACAUUACCAUACGCAGGAUCAACUUAGAAGAAUGUGACAUAGACUUUGGCAUACUGCAGCAUGAAAUCCUGGCAUCAAAGCAGUUUGCUCAUAGCAACAUUUUGCCGCUGUAUUCUGCUUUCAUUCAUAAUAAGGAACUGUGGGCGGUGAUGCCAUUGAUGGGAUAUGGCUCAUGCCGAGACUUAGUUUGUCAUGCCCAGUUCACAGAAGGAUUGCCAGAGUUAGCCAUUGCUUUUAUACUACGAGAUGUGCUGCAGGCACUGGAAUAUAUACAUGCCAAAGGAUUCAUACACAGAGGAAUAAGAGCCAGCCACAUUUUAGUCUCAGCUAAUGGGCAAGUUCGUUUGUCUGGAAUGCGGUACAUGCUCGACACAAUCGUAGGUGGCGCCAAGGAGCAUGUGGUCCAUGAUUACCCCACCACUGCUAUUAAAUCUCUCCACUGGAUGGCACCAGAGAUACUAGAACAGAAUAUGGCUGGCUACGACAACAAGUCAGAUAUCUACAGUAUUGGAAUCACAGCGUGUGAGCUGGCCAACGGCUGUGUGCCUUUUGCUGAUAUGCCACUGACGUUAAUGUUACUGGAGAAGAUGAGUGGGACAACGCCACGACUGCUGGAUAAUACUACAGUCCCUGACUACAUCAUGGAGGAAAAUCAAAACAUGGAAGGGGGCACAGACUCCGGUAUUCUUCGAGACAGUGAGGGGAACUCUCGAGGAGACACCAUCAAGUACCAAAGAAUUUUUUCUUCACAUUUUCAUGAGUUUGUGGAGUCGUGUCUUAAAAGGGAUCCCACAGAAAGACCCACUGCGACAGAUCUACUUAGCCAUUCUUUCUUCAAACAAGUGAAGAAGAAGAGCACAGAAGCGUAUUUACCAAACCUUCUUAUACCCGUACAACCGCUUACAGAUGCUACAAAAUUACCCAAAGAUGAUUCUGCAGUGGGCAGCCUGGUGGACAGACUAAAGGACACUGACCUUGGAGAGCAGUGGUCAUUCUAAUAACUGCCCUUACCAAAAGUGAAUUCAAAAACAUUUCUAUAAAUUAUUGUACCAGCAGCCAAACAGAUUCGUUCUACGCGCAUCUGUGCUCGUUUUGGUGAGAAUUGCUGGAGCCAUUUUGAAAUUAUUGAGAGGCUAAUUUAGAGAUUUAUACACCGUGGCAUUUUUAGUCGACAUGUUCUUUUUGAGAACUAAGUAUUCUGGCGAACAGUCUGAUUCAUGUUGCUGUGCUUAUAGGACUAUAGGACAAUAAAUAUUCAAUUUUGUAUAGACUAAAUGUACGUUCUGUUACAAAGAUGUUAGGCACAGUAUGAUAUUGUAACGUUUGGGCCCUGGCCUGCGACUCCCGAGCGCAACGUGGGAAAUAAGAUAGGUUGGGGAAAUUCAUCCCCGUCAAAUUGUUUAAAAAUAAAAUUUAUUGUAUGAACAACCCCAAAUUUCAGUCCUUUUUAUCUGCACACCCCUA